CCCAGGGAACGCGCAGAAAUCAAUUGUCUUGGUCGCGCUCGUGGCCUGGGAUGCCUUGAGCCCCGCUUUGCAGCCAUGAAAUGCGUCUGACGUUCUAUUGCUCCCUCAUCGUCACCCGGCUCCAACUUUCCCACGCCUUGAAACCAACAGCAAAUCAUCCAGCUGCGUGCAAGUGUACUGCAGGUCCACCUGAAUGGCGCCGCUUCGUUCAGCGUCCGUCCACAGGCCAUCCAAGCUCUGAAUCCAUCCAUCCAUCGCCACAAGUCCCGGGCCACCUUCUCGUCCAACGAUGAUCUGCUAAGCAGCUCCACCGUCGUGGGUGCCCAGGUCAGCAUGGAGACGCUCUCCAACCCCACCGAGAAUCCCGUCGAGGUCUUCAUCUGCGCCCACCCGCUGGCCGAAAUCCGCUGCAUGUAUAUCGAAGGCACCUACAUUUUCCACAAGACCUCGUUCCUGGCGUGCACGGAUGGCGUCGUCGUGGAGCCUGCAGGCAUGUUCUCUGUCGGCAUGGGCUCGUUUGUCGAGUGCUCGGGCAAGGGCGUGGUCUUCCUGGCGGCGAUCGGCGGCCUGCUCACCCUCACUCUGGCUGCAAACGAGCACUUUGUCGUCGAGAACUCACACAUUGCCGCCAUUCCCGACGGCAUCCGAGUCGAGGUCGUCAACCUGAGCCGCGGCAAAGAUGGUUUUGGUGUUUCCUUCACGGGCCCUGGCAAGGUUUUUGUGCAGGCAGCCAAGCACGGGCCAAUGUGAGCCUGCCGAUUGCGAGGAAUCGACGAAUCGCUGCGAAUUGGAUGUGCCAGCACUUGCUAUCGACCACAUGCACUUGCUCUCGACCACAAUAUAUCUGCUUUCUCCAUUCCUCGCC